AUGGCAGUUGAAAAUUAUCCCAAUUCCAUAUCAUUAUGGACUCAAUAUUUAUCGUCAAUAUUAAUUCAUGAUAAGGAUAAAACUGAUACAGAGUUAUUUCGAAAUGCUUAUAAACAAGCAUUAAUUCAUAAUGGAUAUGAUUUUAAUUCACAUCCUAUUUGGGAUAUGGCAAUUGAAUUUGAAACUAAUCAACUGAAACAAAGUAAAGAAUUAUUAGAAUUAUAUUUACGAAUUAUUAAAAUUCCAUUAUAUCAGUAUGCUCAAUAUUAUAACCAAUUUUCUGAAAUUAAUAAACAAUUUGAAAUUCAACAAAUUAUAACAUCAUCAGAUCAAUUGAAUCAAUAUGUGAAUGAAUUUGGGAAAAAUCACCUUGAUGAUUUAUCAUUACUUGAAAAACAUCAAAUAAUUGAUGAUUUUACUGCAAGUAUAUUUAGUAAUACCCAAAGUAGAGUUAAUAAAAAUUGGCAAUUUGAAUCUUUAUUAGAAACACAAGAAUUUACUUUGGAAAUAGGUAUUUCUAACAACAACAACAACAACAACAAUAUUGCUAAGGAGAAACCAAUUUGGAUUAAUUAUUUGCACCAAGAAAUUGAUACAUAUGCUAAGAAACCCAAUAAUGAUCAAUUUGAAUUGGUUUGUACUUUAUUCCAACGUUGUUUAAUUCCCAAUUGUUAUGAUUCAGAAAUAUGGUUGAAAUAUCUUGACUUUAUUAAUAAUCUGAGUUUAUCUAAACAAGAAAAAUUUGAUAAACAACAAGAAAUUUAUAUAAAUAUUACUGCUAAAUUGAUUCCAUUAGAUAAUAAUGAAACCAGAUUGAAAUAUGUUGAAUUAUUAAUUGAUUAUGAAAAGAAUCAAGAAGCUAAUGAAUAUUUAUUCAGUUGGAUGAAAUUAUUUAGUGGAGGAUCUAAAAAAUAUUAUAAAGCAUCGUAUUUAGAAAUAACUAAAGAGUUAUUUAAUUUAUGGAUAAAAUUAUUAGAUGACGAACAAUUCAUAACCAUUGCUGAAUCAAUGAUAAACAAAUAUUUCAAUAUUCAUGAAAAACAACCAAGGAAAGAAAAAGAUGAAGGGACUGCUAAUAAUAACAACAACAACACAACUCCAAAUUCGGAAUCAAAACUGAAACUUGAAUUGACAGACUCAUUAAUUACACUGGUGAUAAGUUUCCUUAAUGAUGAAUCAAUAUGUAUUCUUACAGUAUUAUAUUUAAAACAAUUACAACAUCAACAACUGCAACUGCAACUGCAACUAGAAACCAAACAAUCUCAAACCAUUAAAAUUCGAAAAUUUUUCAAUAAAUUCAAUCAUGAAAAAUGUUUUAAAACUUCAAUUCAAUUUUGGAAUUUUUAUUUUCAAUUUGAAUUAACUCAGAAUCAUUGGAAAAAUUUAAAAUCAUUAAUUAAUCAUAUUAAAUUCAAUACUCAAUUACCAAAAAUUAUUAUUGAUUCAUUUAUUGAAUGGAUGUAUGAAAUUUCUAAUGAUAAUUUAAUAAAUUUUUUGAAAUUAAAUGAUGGUAGAUCAGAUGAAACUAUAAUUAUGAAAGAUUUAGAAAUUUCAAAUUCAUUAUAUUAUAAUAAAACUACAAUUAAACGACAUGCAAAGAAAAAUAAUUAUAUCAUCAUCAAUAAUAAUAAUAAUAAUAAUAAUAAUAAUAAUAAUAAUAAUAAUAAUAAUAAUAGCAACAACAGUUUUGAUAAGAAACGGAAUAAUAUUGGUGGUGAAGAAGAAUUUUUACGUUUGACAAGUAAACAAAUAGGUCAUCCAGGAAUAUUUAUUGAUGCUGUACCACAAAUCACAAAUCGAUUAAUGCUUGAUGGUAAUGAUAUUGACCUUGCACAAGAGAAUUUAUCAAUACCUCCAUUACCUAUGUUUAAAAAUGUGGAAAAAGCUUCUCAACCGAUAAAAUACCCUUCCACUACUACUACUACUAUUACUCAAACUCGUUAA